AAGCCUGUUUCUAGACAUUGAAAAGCACUCAAAUUUUGUAUAUUUCUUUUAAAAAAGAAAAAAAAAAAGGAUCCAUCCCUGCCUGUUGUGACUCCCAAGCUGCUGGCUCGUGUGUCUCCAGGGCUCUUUGGAUCAGAGAGCAAGCACUCCUUUCUCCUUUGUUGAGCUAAAUUGAAUUGAGGCCAGAAUACAUUAGAGUUGAUUGUGGAAUCUGCUGCUCUGAGAUGUGAAAUGAUGCUGCAGUCUGCUGAAAACAAGCACUUUAAUUCCUGCGUGCAGGCAGAGGUGUAACUGGUGCAAACACUGGUGUGUGUGCUCCCGUGCCUUGGUAGGGGAAUGGAGUUCUACCCACGAUGUACUUCAGGGAAAUGACACAGAGUUGUAUUCUCAAUUGUGCUUCUAGGCCAGCAUCACAAAGCGAGCUUUGAGAACCUCUCAGACCAGUCCAGACAGCAGUCUUUACAGCUGAGGAGAACCACUUCCUUAGGACUGUGGUUCCUAAACUUUUAAAGCUUGUUAAAGUGAAAACUAUAGACUGUGCUCACUGACACUUUAAUGACUGGGCUAGGGCUGGAGAAUUGGCAGGUCUACUCAGUCCAAGAUGACACUUGUGCUGAUCCCAGGGCCACACUUGGAACAGCAAGUCCGGCAGCAUUUGUAUGCUGAGUCGGCUGUUGAGUCAGUACUUUUUUGUUUGCGUCUUUGGAGACUGCGUUCCUGUCUGGUCACAUACUUGCUCUGUCAUCUGGGCAGGCCUCAGACUCAGAGCAGCCCUUCUCCAGGCUCUGAGUGCUGGGACUACAGGUGAUUGCCUCUGGCUUGUCUUUUAAGUCAGGAUUUUUUACUCAGGCAUUUAUCUAAAUCUUUUUACUUAGCUGCCUUGGAGAACAUACCUCCUGUUCUAAGUAAAGAGAUCCUGUGACUGUAUAUUACUAUAAGUAAUAUUCUCUCUCCCUCCCUCUCUCUCUCUCUCUCUCUCUCUCUCUCUCUGUCUCUCUCUCUUUCUCUCUCUGUCUCUCUGAGACUAGGUCUUACUAUAUAGCUCUGACUGUCCUGGAACUUACUAUGCAGACCAGGCUGGCCUUGAACUCACAGACAUCUGCUUCACUGCCUCCCAAGUGCUGGAACUAAAGUCAUGCAUCACCAUGUCUGGCCUCAUGAGUCAUCCUUAUGAGAUUAACUUUUAAGUGGGCAACCAUCUUUCCUUGCUUUCUGGGGUCUUAAUGCAUGGAAAUCAGUCAGCUGCUAAAAGAGGGUGGGUGAUAGGAAAUGGAAACUUUCCAACCACAUACCAUAGCCAGCUUGGUUAAAAGAUGCCAAAGAGACUUGAGAUGUUAAGCCAGGGUGCUUCUGGUUUCAAGACGAAAAUCCAACUCAAAACUGAAAGACCGUAUGGUGGAGCUGUGGAGCCCGGGCAUAAAGCAGUAACCUGAAUCAACAUUAUUGUGUUUGCUUCUCAGCUCCGCUGUCCUCUGAGUUGGGUUCCUUCUUAGAAUCUGUCCUUGGAGGGCCUCAGCAACUCCAGCCAUUGCUCAUCAGAUGAAACCUUAGAACACAUCUUCUGUGAUCUCACUGAGAGCCGUAGCCCAGGAGCUCACUGACUCUGGGCUACGGACUCUGAUAAGACAGCUCUUUUACUUAUUCACUUAGAAGCCCUCCUUAGGCUGGCCUCGAACUUGCAACCCUCCUGCUUCAGCAUAGCAAAUGCUUGUGUUAGAGGUGUAUGUCAUUACACCUGGAGGUUGGGCCAGGGCUAUUCCUCUUAUCUCCUGCUGGGGUGUCCUCAUAGGACAUCUGUGGUAUGUUAUAGGAGAGAGGAAGUGUAAUCACAGAUGUUUCUGUCAGUUUAUAGGGAAUUCCUUUUGCCCAUCUUCUGGUUUGGCCCUUAGGCACUUCCUUCCAGCUUUCUGGACCUGUAUCAAAGCUGUGUCUUAUGUCUCCUCAAACAGGGUGUAACCUGACCCCUGUAAAGCCAUAUAUGACUUUCUCUUAUUCUCUCAACUGUUCAUGUUUGUCUCUUUGGUGUCUUCAUGUGCAGUGAUUGCUGAGUCCCAAGCCCUGGGUAAGCAUAAAUUUGUCUUUAUUUUCAAGUGUGCGUUGUGUGUAGCAGUGGAAUUCUUAUAUCUUUCCCAUCCCUUUUCCUCUACCAGUCUGAAGCCUUUUCAAGAGUCUGGCCCUUCAGUUCCUCUUUGUGUUCCCCUUUGCAUUUUGUGAACAUGUUUUGGUAUAUUCUAGUGCUCACAUCUCUGCUUGUAUUCCAUUCGGAUAUAGUUAGGAGAUCACAAGACCCCACUAAGGGUUUGCAGGCUGCAUCUACCCACAAACUGGUCAGCCCCUGUCUGCAGGAGUAGUGCUGGUUCCAUGUAGAAAUCAUUCUGUAGAUAAAUAUAUAUACAUUUUUUUCUUUUUAGCCACAAGGUAACAUUCUACAUGCUUUUCUCCAUUAUGUCUACACAUGCAGAAAUUAUUCAUGUGUAUAGAUCUAUAUUUGUGCAUAUAUGUGUAACAUACAUAUAUGCUGUACACACAAUAAAGAAAUCAGCAAGCCCGACUGAGCUUCCUGGUCUUACUCAAAGCCAGAGGAAAACUCGGGGAAAGUUCCACUCCCACCUUCUUACCCUUCGCUCUCUGACCCAGUGGUGAGCCUGCAGGCUGCUGACCUAGUGUCUUGCUGUUUGAAGCCACUCUCUGACAUGGGUAGUGGGUGUGUCUUCCCUGUGGUGUUGAGGCACGUCCUGAGGAAGCCAAGAACAGCAGUGUGUUCUCUCAGUGUGCAGAAGCAGCUGGCCGGAGGCACCAGCCUGGCUCAUUCAUUCGGUGUUCUGCAAGCACUGAUUUGCGCACUCAGGGUAGAUGCUGAGCUAGGAUUAGCUUGUCACUUCCUUGUGGGCGUGUGCAUCUGCCUUUCUCGGAAGACACCCACAGCUUUUCUUCAGUAACUCCAGUUCAGUUACCAUCUCAACCAGUCCAGUUUGCUUCAUUGCUUGCUGCUGGCGCGCAGUCCAGGAGCGUUAGGGACCUGAUGAACUCCACUCCGUCAGUGUUAGUUCCUGCUUGCUGUGACACUCCCAUGCCUUCCUGUCCUCCAGAGAAGACACACAUCCUGCACACAUGUGCACAUGGCAGCCAGAUGUGAAAGGCCAUUCCUUCCCCGUGUCUGACUUCAUUGCGUUGGUCAGGAGUGGAGCCUGUAGCCAUGACUGGAGCUUGGCUUUGCUGCCUUGCCCAGGAGGCCAGGUACAAAGCAGAAAGUGCAUAGAAGAUGUGAUUCACUUUGCCUGGGAAGAGAAGCUUUUUCUCCUGGCUGAUGAGGUGUACCAGGACAACGUGUACUCUCCAGACUGCAGAUUCCACUCGUUUAAGAAAGUGCUUUACCAGAUGGGGCACGAGUACUCCAGCAACGUGGAGCUCGCCUCCUUCCACUCCACCUCCAAGGGCUACAUGGGCGAGUGUGGCUACAGAGGGGGCUACAUGGAGGUGAUCAAUUUGCACCCCGAGAUCAAAGGCCAGCUGGUGAAGCUACUCUCGGUUCGCCUCUGUCCGCCAGUGUCAGGACAGGCCGCCAUGGACAUUGUUGUGAAUCCACCGGAACCAGGAGAGGAGUCCUUUGAGCAAUUCAGCAGGGAAAAAGAAUUCGUCCUUGGUAAUCUGGCCAAAAAAGCAAAGCUGACAGAAGAUCUGUUUAACCAAGUCCCAGGGAUCCAGUGCAACCCCUUGCAAGGAGCUAUGUAUGCGUUCCCUCGGAUUCUCAUCCCUGCCAAGGCCGUGGAGGCAGCUCAGUCCCAUAAAAUGGCUCCAGACAUGUUCUACUGCAUGAAGCUCCUGGAGGAGACUGGCAUCUGUGUCGUGCCUGGCAGUGGCUUUGGGCAGCGAGAAGGCACUUACCACUUCAGAAUGACCAUUCUCCCUCCGGUGGAUAAACUGAAGACCGUGCUCCACAAGGUGAAAGACUUUCACCUGAAGUUCCUGGAGCAGUACUCAUGAGGACGCCUCAGGCACCGGAGCCAGACCCUCCCAAGACCACCCAGGCCUUCCUCAAGGACUCUGCCUCAGACCUCAGACAGGCCACCAACGCUGUUCAUCUUCAUUUCCCCAAGGAGACUUCUUUCUUUGUGCCUUGAUGUUUGAGAGUUCUUCGAGCAAACAGUGGUUUUGCAAUGUCUCACAGGCCCUGUUUUUGUUUUUGUUUUUGUUUUGUUUUGUUUUGUUCUUUUUUUAAAUGCAACCAAAGUAGAGUCAACCUGCUCGGCAGAUGUACUUGGAUUCUCUGAAUCGCUAUUCUGUUUGGAGAGUUCCUUUGGGUCUUAAGCAGCCAGAGUACAUGGAAAUGAGAUUAUGUCAGAUCUGGAGAAACAAGCAGGUGUUGGGAAAUAUGUGACUUGACAUGAUAAGGGCUGGGAAUCCAGAAAUCAAUAGUGAGAUCCAUGAAAUCAAACCCUGACCAGUGUGAAAAUGUAGCCUUUUGGACAGUAAGCCUGCAAGUCUAGUGAGAACUCAGAGAAAGCUGACCAUUCUGGUCUGAAGAUAGGCAGCGCAUCACAGGCAAGAAUAUCGAAGUCAGUAGUAGGACAGGGGUCACAUCAGAUACCAGCUCAAAUUGCACUAGCUAUCUAGAACAGUUUUCUCCAGGUUUGCCUGAGCCUUGAUGCAUACCAUCGCCCUCUGCUGGUCGCAGCAGAGAUAAGCAAGGGCUGAAAAUGGAGGCAAUCCUUUCCCAAGGCCCUGAAAGUUGUUUUUCAUGGUUUCAAACUGAAUUUGGCUCAUUUGUAACUAACUGAUCACGGUGCCUGGUUACACUGGCUGCCAAGAAGGAGCGCAUGCAAUCUGAUUCAGUGCUCUCUUCACAUCAGUUUCCUGCCUCCCUCCCUCAUCUGCGGACAGCAUCCUAUCUCAUCAGGCUUCCCUGUGUGUCACAAAGUAGCAGCCACCAAGCAAAUAUAUUCCUUGAAUUAGCACACCUGGGUGGGCCAUGUGCGCACCAAGGAAACAGGUGCUAUAGGGAGCGCCAGGCCAGGCUUGUCUCUUAACUGUCUCGUUCUUCAGUGAGAGUGGGAAAGCUGUCCGGAGCUCCCGCGCAGGAGCCUGGGUACCCACGCAGCGAGUCAAGGGAGUUUUCGGAGCCAGAGAGAGAAAGAUGUGAAGGCUGUGGAGUAAGGCUGAAACCAGCCUCCUGCCCUAUAGUCCCACACUGCAGGGGGUGCGACUUUAAAACAGAACUUCAAGUUGUUAACACUCACAAGCAUUGCAUUACUGUGAAGGAAGUAGCCGCAUCCAUAACAGGAUGUGAUGGUCUACAGCUUUUCCUUUAAAAGCUGAAAAGGUACCAUGUGUGCUCGCUAGGCAUAUAAUCCAGAUAUGCUCCAGAGUUCUGAGAUUCUUCCAUGAAAGGUUAACUAGAAGCUAGAAUAUUUUUUUAUAUUUUUGUAACAAUUGGCUUUUUUCAUGGGGGGAGGGGAGUAGAGGGUUAGUAUUUAUAGUCCUAACAAGUCCAAAAAUUUUUAUAAGUGUCUUCAGAUUAUAAAUAACCCUCCAAAUUUUGCAAUGUUUACAUGUUUUUUUUUUAAGAUGACAAAUAUGCUUGAUUUGCUUUUUAAAUAAAAGUUUAGCUGUUCUAAGAGAUUAACUUCAAGUAGGAUGGCUGGUUAUGAUAGUUUGGAUUUUCUACAGGUUCUGUUGCCAUGCCUUUUGGGUUUCAGCAUCACUCGAGUCGCAGCAUGUGGGUGGGGCUGUGGAAACCUGGCCAGGCUGGACCUGGUCAGCCACACCUCAGAGACAUUGUUUCCAUUUGGAUGUGAGCAGGCGCAGGCCUGCAUGCUCUUUCCUACUUAGCAUCAUCAGUUCUUCCGCCUCCUUAGCAUGGUUCUUUGUAACAGCCAUGCUGGGAAGCUCUGAACAAUAAAAUACUUCCAGAGUGGUGA